AGGGGCGGGGGCCAGGCGCUGCAGCAGGGCGCCCCCUGCAGCCAAGGGGCGAUCAACGCAGCCAUGAAAUAUACACGAGGCUCAGAGAGCUGAAGGCGCUUCCAUCACCUCCUACCUCAGCAGCAGCUCAGCCCCCUGCCCUCGCAGCCUGUCCUGCUGUGCGUCGCGGGGAGGCGAUCGGCCGGAGCAGACGCUUCCAAGGGACAACCCACGUGUGGCCAUGUGGAACUUCCUGCUCCAGUCGUCUCCUCUCAGGCCCGUGUGACUGUGGCACCAUUUCAGCCAUUUUCAGUGUCCAACGCACCCUUGAGUGAACAGUUUGAUGGAGAAUCGGUCGGAUGACAGCAGGAACUGUUGUUAUCACCGGCGGAAUACUAGCAACCGUGAUCCUACUGUGUAUUAUUGCGGUGCUCUGUUAUUGUAGGCUACAGUAUUAUUGCUGCAAGAAAGAUGAAUCUGCUGAGGAAGAGGAGGAGGAGGAGGAGGAGCCUGACCUUCCCACUCGCUCAUACCUUACGACUUGCAAUGCCUGCAACUCUCGCAUCGUGGACGGGCAGGGCAGCCCAGCACCACCACCACCCCACGAAUUUAACCAGCAGGGUGCUCGGAACUACUGCCCUACCUGUUCCCCCUAUGGCUCGCCCUUUUACAUACAGACCGCUGACAUGGUGCGGAAUGGCGGUGAGAGGAUCACCUACACACCCGCAUGCUACAAGGAAAUGGGGCCACCCAUCAAAAUGGCAACCCUCCAGAGUUACCCGAUGACCCACCAUGGCAUCGUCCACGAGACCUUUCCAAACCCGAGGGCUAUUAGUACAGAUGUGUAAUCAGCAGUGUCACUAUCUCACAGAGUGCGCCAAUGAGAUGGCCAUCGAGGGGUGGGGGGCUCCAUUUUAUUUCAGUGGGGUUUCUUGCAAAGGAGAGGAACCCUUGAACGAACAUCAACAGCUAAGUCAGAGACCCAGCGUGGUCCUGAUGUUGAUCUGUCCAGAUCACUGUAAGCUUUCAUGGGACAUUUGAAUGAAGAGCUUGAACGUGGUGAUUUCUGAACCUAUCACAAGUGUAAUUAUUAUUCCACUGUAUCUACAGAAGGGACUUGUCUAACGAGGGCUAUGUACAGUACAGACUAACUUAGUUAUCAAGACACUUGUGACUCUCCUUAUUCCCUUGAGUCCUUAAUGAGGUCUUUGGUGUCUACACUAAACAAAUCCUACUUGUCACUUUCCAAGGCAAUAUCACUGGCCUCCAGUAUGGAUGAACUGAGCACAUUCAGCAAGAGCAAGACGUCAUUCUGGGAGCUGUCGGCUCCAGCAAUGGCUGCGGCAUUAGAAAGGAGGAAGAGACAGAGGGUGAAGCUCCAGCCAGUGUUCCAGGAGUUCUAACACUCUUGCUUGAUGAAAGCUAAUGGAGAAGCAAAUAAACAAAUAGUUUGAUCAUUUUGUUCCCUUCGUAUCACAUUAGUUGCAAUUGAAUGCUAGUGUCUGUGUUAGAAUGUAAAAUAGGAUAACCUCUCCCUGGCUACUUUAGAUAAUUGAGGGGGAGAAAAGGGGACUAGUGAAAUUACUGACAUAUGCUAACAAUGCAGAUGAUGAUCCUGCUGCUGCCAAAAAAAAACAACACUUUAAUCUUCACAGGCUUUUUUAGGAAUGGUUUAAUUUAGAGGCAUAAAAAGCGCAAGGUUUUAUUGAAAGGAAAAAUUGCACUAUUAAAGAAUGAAAGCUUUGAUCUUCUGCAGUGUGCAAAGCCCUGAAAGGCCCACUGCCAUCUUCUGGGAAACCGAGGAAUAGUCUGUUUAGGACUAAUUCUGCUUACAAUAGCAAUAGGGAUGGAAAAGACCUACUAGACCAUGACCUUGGGGUCAUGAGCCAGUGGUGAGCUGGAGCCAGUUCCCACAGGUUCCCAAGAACUGGUUGCUAAAAUUAGACCUCU